AUGUUUGACCGGCGCCCUAUAUGUUACGCCUGCCAAAUUGAGGAUAGGAGACCAGUUGCUUCUGAUCUGGUAUUGGUCAUACAUGGUAUCGGUCAAAAAUUAUCUGAGCGGGUUGAAAGUUACCAUUUUACGCAUGCUAUUAAUGCUUUCCGGAGACAAGUCAAUAUCGAGCUCAAUAGUGACGCUGUUUGGCCUCAUAUGCGCCCAGAACUGGAAAGCAUUAUGGUUUUGCCUGUCAACUGGCGGUCAACGCUGUCCCUAGAAGACGCUGACAUUGAAGCUUCGACCUCCGAGGACCUAGCUACGAACAAAUUCAGCCUCAAAGACAUCACGCCUGAAACUAUGCCGGCAAUAAGAAGUUUGAUCAGCGAUGUUUUGCUUGAUGUCCCCUAUUAUCUAUCUCACCAUAAACAGAAAAUGGUUCAAGCAGUGGUCAAAGAGGCAAAUCGGAUAUAUCGUCUCUGGUGUCAAAAUAAUCCGGGAUUUAGAAAAACUGGUAAAGUGCACUUAAUUGCUCACUCGCUGGGCAGUAUCAUGGCAAUGGAUAUUCUGAGUCAACAGCCAACCCAUGUAGGCCAUAUUGAUUUUGCGCAUACGGAAAUCAGCCAGACAAUAUUUGAAUUUGAUGCCAGCAACGUUUUUUUCUGCGGAAGCCCGGCAGGCUUCUUUUUGUUACUGAACAAAUCAACACUUCUCCCACGACAGAAUCGAGGCAAGCCAGGAGCAAACGGCGAAGACCUUGAGCGAGGAGUUGCCGGGGAGGCGGGCACAUACGGCUGUCUAGCAGUGGACAAUCUUUAUAACGUCAUGCACGAUACCGACCCAAUCACCUACCGCCUCAACGCAGCUGUGGACAGCGAUCUAGCCAACUCUCUCAAACCAGCCUCAGUCCCAAGCUCGUCCACCUCAUUCUUUCAAACCUUCACCAGCGUUUUCCGCUGGGGCUCCUUGAAAAGCCAGGAUCAGAGCACCACAGAUCUAUCCGUUCCUUCUGUUUCGCAACAAAACAAACGCCCCGCCGGUAUCGCGAAAUUACCCUCCAGCGUUGAGAUGGAAACGCACGACUUCUCGCGCGAGGAACUCGCGGAGAAGCGUAUGGCGCUCCUGAAUGAUAACGGGCAGAUUGAUUUUUACAUUAGCGGUGGCGGUGUGACCGCUUGA